GGGCGAGCAGAGGGGGAAGAAGUCAAUUCAAGCAGAGCACGAGAAGUAGUAUAGCCGUAGCAAUAUUAUAUCAUAGUCAUGGCGGCAGGAGGUGCAGCAGCAGCAUAUGCUAGGCUUCCGUUUGCUGGCCACUCGGUGGCCUUCUCGCCGUAUGACGGCGAAUUGGUGGGUGUGGCCACGGCACAGCACUUUGGCAUUGUCGGGCAAGGCAGUGCUGUGUUUUUUCGCUACGAUCCGGCUUCAGGCAGUUUGAUGCCGAUCGGACUGCCGCUGCAGACAAAGGAUGGCAUUUACGAUCUGGCGUGGUCAGAAGCUUGUCAUGGCCAUGUUCUCACCGCUGACGACGCCGCUAGCGGGAUGGACCGGGCACGAGGCUGAGGUGGCGUCUGUGGCGUGGUCGCCGCUGAGCAAGACUUGCUUUGCGUCGGGAUCGUGGGACGCUACGCUGCGGGUGUGGGACCCGAAUGCGGCGGCGCCGAUAUUGAGCUACACCGACUUUAAGUACUGUGUGUACACAGCGGCGUGGGCGCCGCACUCGCCCACGCUUUUAGCUGGAUGCUCGGGUGAUGCAACGCUGCGGCUGUUUGACACCAAGACGCCGGGCGGAGCGGUGCUGACGCUGCCGGCACACGACUUUGAAGUUCUCUCGUGCGACUUUAACAAGUACGCGGAGCAUGUGAUGGUGACGGGCUCUGUGGACACCAGCAUCGCGCUGUGGGACGUGCGGGCUCCGCGGGCGCCGACCGCGGUGCUGGAGGGCCACUCGCUGGCAGUCCGGCGGGUCCUCUUUUCGCCGUUCUCGGAGCACUUGCUGGCGUCGGCCGGCUACGACAUGGCGGCCAUGGUGUGGGACUUGUCAAGCGUGGCGGCGACGGGCACGGCGACCAUUCUGCAGCGGCUGGAGCAUCAUAGCGAGUUUGUGGUUGGGCUCGACUGGUCGCUCUUUCUGGACAAUGUGCUGGCGACUGCCGGGUGGGACGACUCGCUGUUUGUGUUUGGUGUGGGCGACGAUCCGGGGCGGGUGCGGCCGGCGGUGCCGCUGUGA